GCCCGGCCCGGCCCGGCCCUGCGGCAGCGCCGCCCGCCCCGCUCCGGCCCGGCCCUGGAGGCCGGCGUUACAUAACGGCGCCGGAGCCGGCAGCUGCGGGACUACGCCGGGCGGAUUAGGGAUUACGUUGGUUCAGCAGAUUGUCCUGUGCACGUCUGAGAAAGAUUACACCAGCGCAGUUAAGAAUACCCGUUUGCUGUGCCUCUGUUCCAGGCCAGCCUUCACAAGGCAUCAGUUUCAGGCAGUUUGAUGGAUUUUUGCUGAUGCCUGAUGAUUUUCUGUGCUCAGAUCAGUUCUGAGCUUCAGACACUGAAGAGCAAAGCGUAGCUGCGAGCCAGCUCGAGAGGGUGGGGACUUUGCUGGUAACAGCCCAGUGUCACUUUGUCUUCUAUGGACAGGACAGUGAAAAAGCUAGAGAAGCAACGUGAGGUCCCAUGAAAACCAGAAGCAUCUACUUAUAAAGUGCUGUUGCCUCUGACCAAGAACAAAAAUUGUUGUUGGAAUAAUAUGCGAACAGAUCAUGAAGAACUCUGUGGCACCAGUUAUGGAUCUUUUUGUCUAAAUGGAGGGAUUUGUUAUAUGAUUCCUGCUGUAUCCAGUCCAUUCUGCAGGUGUAUUGAGAAUUACACAGGAGCUCGUUGUGAGGAAGUUUUGCUGCCCAGCAUCAAAUCCCAAACAAAAGGUGACCUGUUUGCAGCUUUCUUGGCUUCCCUUCUUCUUCUAGGAGUUCUUGUAAUUGGAGCAUUCUACUUCCUUUGCAGGAAAGUUGCCAUCCCAAGGACAAGUUCUUCAGAGUGUGGUGCCAACCUAGUUGAAGCUACAAGCAGCAAUGGCUGCAACAUCACAUGUUUUAUUUUUCAGAAAUAACUACAGCCUAAAGCAUUAGAGUGGAAGAAUGGUGGAGAAACAACAUGCAGAGCAACCCUAAGAAUCUAAAUUGUAGAGGGUGACAUGGUAAGCAAGAUGAGACAAGAAAGUUGAUUGAAACAGGAGGCUGACAUGUUGGGGAAGACUACAUCUAAGACUUCAACAGUUGCACUUAAUGGAGUUUUUAUGUAUUUUUAAAACUGUCAAUUAUACAGAAAUCACUAUAAUUUAUGUUUGAAUUCUGUGAGAUUUUUUACGGUUUUCAAUAAUGCACAGCUAGAUGCAUGAGAUAAUUUUGGGUUUUACUACAUGGAAAAUAAAUAAAAUAUGUUAUUUUUUUCACUGCACAGAGAAUAUGAGAUAUCACAGGAUUUUAGUGUGAGGUGAUACUAUGAAUUUUUGAUAGGGGUUUUCAUUUUUCAUGAGGAGCUGAAGCCUGUCUUGAUUCAAUAGUUUCAAAAUUGAUAUUUGUGAUACAUGUCCAGAAUUUGGCUUGUUUCAGAUGCCCUUACCAGAUGUAGGGGAAAACCCCCUACCUUUCUCCCAGCUAAUACUUACUUUUGGUUGUUUUUUUUUUUUUUUAAUUGGAACAAACAUCAGCAUGAGAUACCAUUGGUAGUUUAUUGCCCAGGUUCCUGACACACUAUUUUAAUUAAAAUUAAAGGGAAAUAUUAAGAAAAUAGAUUGAUAACGGUUUAAAAAGUUUUUUAGGCAGAGUUUGGUGUACAUUCCUAAUAGUAAGCAAGACAUCUCCCUUGAUGGUUUUUAAUUUUGUCUGGCUUUCUUCUGAAAAUCUCACUACUGAGGGAAACUCAAACCUUACCUUGAAUGUUCCAGUUGAUAUUUCAGAUAGCAGAAAUCAGGAAUUUUGUUCGUCAGGUCAAUUUCUGACACUGAAUAUUAUCAAGACAGGUAUCUUGGCUGAAAAAAAUGCUGCCCUCUCCAAAGAUUUAUUUCUUUUAUUCACAUAAGCAUCUGUUGAUCACACUAAUAUAUUAUACACCACACUUUGGUCCCUUCCAGGAUUCUCUUACUCAGACAAAAAGAGGCCGUCUGCCAUGGUCCAUGUCUUUUUUUUUUUGCCUUCACAACACAAAGAGAAUGUCUGGUUAGUCAGAGGCAUAGAAAAUGUGAACUGAACAGGUUUUUUUCAACUUAUUUCUAGCACUGGAGGCAGAAACCAGCAAAAAAUCAGAUAUGUCUCCAUAACGGCACAUUACCAAGCAGGUGAUUAUAUGGGAUUUAUAAGGUUGCAUUGAAGGGAAGAUUAGCUGAGAAAAUUCAUUAGUUGAAAGGAGAGAAAAUUCAGAACAGAGAUUUCUUUUGUCCAAAAGAAACAGUCUGAAGAUGUAUAAAAACAUAGGUGCAGAGAAAACGUUGAAUAAGCUCCUAUUUCUAGGAUGUCUACUACAUGCUCUGGUGUCAGAAAAAGCAGUGUGUGCUUUGUAUCAAUGUAGACAAAAGCACAGUGGGAGGGGGCAGAAAAGGCACGUGGGUACAGUGCAUAAGGUGAGAAGUCAAAGAGAAAUCACAUUACAAUGGUUACUAGAACACAAACCAGAAUGUUUCAUUAGCUCCUGAAAACUCCUGGCAGAGAGGUCAGAGUCCAGGUUAGAGCUCAGCAUGUGAAAGGAGAAUCUGAGGACACCAAAUCAGGUAGAGGACCUGAUCCAGAGACUAAGUUAUAUAAAGCACUAGAAGAUCACUUUCUCCCCAGAUUAGCCAAUCAUACAUGUUAUUUUCUGGACUUCAAAUCUUUAGCAGAUAAGCUGAAGGAAGCUGAUAAUAUUGUUUUAAAGGCUAGGAAAGAUAGAAGUUAUUUUUGGUCACAAAGGGACAGGCCACUCUUGUACAGAGUUCAAGAGAGGUGUAGCAGUACUGACAGCUACACAGAAUCAGCAUUAGCUGAAGUUUCUUACUUUGCCCAGCCUCAGUGAAAAUGAGUCAGAGAUGACACCUGGUAGAUCAGUUUGCUGUGUUAUUGAUCAUGAGACAAUCAGGCUCACAGCUUGGUGUACUGUCUCCACUGGAGAAGGAAAAGGCUUGUGGUCAUUUAAGUGGCAAUUCAGGAAGGAGAUACUAAGAGAAGGUAUAAGAAAUAAAUGGACUGAAGUUAUUCUGUAUAAGCUCUUAGAAUCCUCUCACCUUUCUAGACAGACAUGGAAUAAUCAUUGAUACUGAGCUUAUUUGCAUUAUUUGGGAAACAAUCUGUAUAAAAAGUGGGGCUGAAUAAACGGACUCCCUGUUUAAGUG